ACCCAUGUUGUAAAACCCCAAUCUCUCUCGCUCUCUUUCUCAUACGCCGCACCGUAAGCGAACUAUUGAAUCCACGAAGAAACCUCGAUCCGUCGAUACUAUGGCCACCAACGAACCCGAGCACGAGAACAGAGACGCCGAAGAAUCCGGAGCCAACGAGGAUGAGGACACCGGAGCUCAGGUCGCUCCGAUCGUUAGGCUUGAGGAGGUCGCCGUCACUACCGGUGAGGAAGACGAAGACGCCGUCCUCGAUCUGAAAUCGAAGCUGUAUCGGUUUGAUAAGGAAGCGAAUCAGUGGAAGGAGAGAGGCGCUGGUACUGUGAAGCUCUUGAAGCAUAAGAGCACUGGCAAGAUUAGGCUCGUUAUGAGGCAAUCGAAAACUCUGAAGAUCUGUGCUAAUCAUUUCGUUAAAACGGGCAUGAGUGUUCAGGAACACGUUGGGAAUGAAAAGUCGUGUGUGUGGCACGCUCGUGACUUUGCCGAUGGGGAGCUGAAGGAUGAGCUUUUCUGCAUCCGUUUUGCUUCAAUUGAGAACUGCAAAGCAUUUAUGCAGAAGUUCAGUGAAGUUGCUGAAUCUGAAGUAGAGAAAGAAGAGAGCAAAGAUGCCUCUGACACCGCUGGUCUUCUUGAGAAGUUGACCGUGGAAGAGACAAAAACAGAGGAGAAACCUGUCGAGAAGGUGAAGACUGAAGUGGAACCAGAGGAAAAGACUAAAAGCGAGCCAGAGAAAGCUGAUGAAGAAAAGAAAACCGAAGAGGCUGUUGCUCCCUCGACUUAAGAUGCAUCAAUGUUUAAGCUCCUUUGGCGAGGUAUUAUUAUAGCCUAAAAGUGUUUUGAUGCAUCCAUCUCGAGUCUACUAGUGUCUUGGCACUAAACUAUCUACACAUGUUUUGUCGGAUCAUAUCAAGUGGUUGGGGGAUCGCUUGGGGGGGUUGGGUUUUGCUGAGUCGUUUUGGGUUUUAUAGUUUCGAGUCGAAAGCUUGGGUGAGUGAUAUGAGAGAUUAAGGUUGGUUAUCAGAAAGAGAGUACAUUGGAUUCAUUGUUUUAAAGUUUCUUAUGGGUUGUUUUUGUAUGGUCUUAUUUUCAUGGACAAGAGUCCGAAGUCUUUCUUUGAAUUACAAAAUUAUAUGCAUGUUUAUUUAAUUUUA